ACUGAUUUAGCUAGCCUGGGCUUUACUAUUAAAGCCUACUGUAAGGGGUAUAAUAUUAGGCUAGGAUUCCUUAAGUACUACUCAGCCUUCUACUUUAGAAAGGCUGCUACUAUCUAUACUUAUAAUAGGAUAGUCCUUAGUACUAUUAAGUAUCCUCUUACUAUUAGUUAUACUGCUCUCUACUAUACUUUUUAUAAGUAUACUAUAAGACUAGGAAUUAAGAUUAAAUUCUUAAAUAAUAAAAAAGCUGGUAUAAUCCUUGAGAAUAGAUUAAAGCUUAUUACUAAUAUUAUUAUUAUAGCUGAUAGAGUAGGUUUAAGGUCCUGGAAUAUUAUCUUAGGGUUUAAGGAGAUAGCUAUUAGCUCUGGUUUUACUAUAUUCUAUAUAUUAUUCCCAGCUGAAAAUAUAUUAAAAUAUCUAGACCUCCCUAAAAUACCGUAUUAUCUAACUUAUACUUUUCUUCCUACUUCAGCUAGUAGUACUACUAUAGCUCUUAAAGAUAGGUACUCUCUGGCUAUAUACUUAUAUAUAGCUGGUAAGGAUAAUAUACUGCUAGCUAUAAAGGAUAAAUUUAAGAAGGACCAGACUUUUCUAAAUAUACAGUAUAUAUAUAAUAAUUAUAAGGAAUAUAUAAGCUUUCUUAUAAAGGGAAUUCCCUUUAAGAAUACUAACGGAGUUCCUAGAUAUACUAUUAAGCCU